AUGAGACGAAGGCCCUGCCGUCAAACUACCUCGUCUGAAAGUAUGGCAUCCAAUAUCGCAAUGGAAGCUUCAAGCAGAACCACUUUCGUCUCUUCAUUUUCGCCGUCACACGUUCAACUUACCAGAAAGCCUACGUUCACGUCGCCUCCUCAUCGUCCACAGCCGUCAUGUCGCCAAACUACUGCACUGAUGCGAAGCUGGCGUGCUGUUAUGACACCUGAAACUAAAGAGAGAACAAAAACGCCCGAAGACAUUGGAAAUCCUAUCCCCCUCCCUGAGGAACAACAAAGCACUCGCAUGUUUUCCAAUAUUGAACCUGGCAAGGAUGGGUCCUUUUUGCGUGUACCUCCUUCUGAACUAGGAUGCGCUGCUUUGAUAGCGGUAUGUCAGACGCUCUCUUGA